AUGCUAUACGACUUGAACGUGGCGUGGCCCACGGGAGAUUACAACUCGAAGCCGUCCCCGACACAGCUCACCAACCUUUUCAAUACAAUCAGCACGCUUUACAGCUUCGGAUAUACCAAGAUCGCGAUCAACUUCACCAUUAACGAAACAGUGAAGAUUCCCAUCAAUAAUGCAAAUCAGAUAAAUCCAAUAAUGGUUGGAUUAAUAGACUCUAAAUUUCCUAAAGAGCGAUACCCCGAGUUGCUAAUUUUCACCAGACUAACCCUAGUAAUCAGUGAGCCAUCUAGAGUGCAAGCAUUAUCUAAGAUAAAUUCUCAUUUUGAUCUAAUUGCAAUUCAACCAACCUCGGAAAAAGCAUUACAAUUAUCAAUAACGAAUUUAGAUAUCGAUAUAAUAUCGUUCAAUCUAAAUUCAAGAUUACCCUUCUUCAUCAAACAUAAAACAAUUUGUAGUGCAAUAAAUAAAGGAAUCAAAUUUGAAAUUAAUUAUUCGGGAGUUUUAUCAGGUAGUGCUGGUUAUACCGCUGAUACUAAUGGAGGAUCAAAUAAUUUAGUAGCCAGUGCAUCUCAAUUAAGAAGAAAUUGGUUCAAUAACGUAUUACAAUUAAUAAGAGCAUCAAGAGAACGAGGAUUGAUUAUUUCAAGUGGAGCAAAUCAACCAUUACAAGUAAGAAAUUAUACUGAAAUAUUAACCUUAUUGAAUACUUUGGGAUUACCGAAUAACAAGGGGAAAACUUCCAUCACUCAAAAUUCAGAAGCUUGUUUAAUCAAUGGUAGAUUAAGAAUAAAGUCUUAUAAGCAAACUAUAGUUAUUGGUAAUGCCCAACAAAAGAGAUCAUUAUAUGAAAAUGAACUCGAGGAUAAAACUAAAAAGAAUAAUGUGAAAAAUUACAAAAAAAUUAAAAUUUAA